AUGUUACGUAUAGUAAUUUUAUUUUUAAUUCUAUUACAAAUUAACCAAAUUCGAAGUGACUGUGUAGAUUGUUGUCGUGACGGUUAUUGUACGUCAGCUGUUGGUUUUAGUGCAGGUACAUGUUGUUAUUCAAGACAUUAUUCAUCAUAUACUGAUUAUAAGUGUUGCACUUCUACUGCGGCAUGUACAAUUGGUGGAGGAUCUUGUGUAACAAUAACAAGAAGUUUUUCGUCAGCUGGUACCAUCGCUGGUAGUAUAAUUGGUUCGAUUAUAUUUAUUAUUAUUGUAAUUGUUGCAUGCUUGUGUAUUCGUCGUCGAAGACUCGCUUAUUAUCAUUCCCCAUAUGGUGUACCCGCUGGUACUACUUAUGUUGUUGCAUCGCCAUAUCAGUCAUAG